AUGAUCAGUCUAAAGUGGAUUUUGAAUAUUUCAGUUCUUAGUAUUUCCUUAUUCUUUUUACAAGGUAUAAAAGGUGAUUUACCUAUACAUGCAACAACAGCAGAUAUUGUAGGUAGAUGGACCUUUAAGAUUUCUGAGCCAUUGGAUAAUUGGGUCAAUGGUUGUGGUUCAGGGGUCCCAAAUAAGAAUACUCAGAAUUUGCAACCUAUUUUAAUUGAUUAUAAUAAAUGGCUUAAGGAUCAUACAUCAAGUGAACUAAUUGAAUAUAAUUUAAUACUUACAGAUAUAUUAAAUAGUAAUUCUUAUAAUAAAUCAUUAGGGAGAAGGAAAUGGAAUCAGUUAGCUGUAAAAGAUCUUAGUGGAGAAAUAAUAGGAGGUUGGACAAUGGUUUAUGAUGAAGGUUUCCAAAUAAGAAUUGGGGAUAAAAGUAUUUUUGGAUUUAUAAAAUAUAGCUUAUUAGAUGAAAAAAAUUGUAAUCCAUAUGAUGGAGAUAAUGAGCUACCAUCGGGUGAAACAUUAUGCUAUGAAACAGAUCCCUCAAAAUUACAUUUAGGAUGGUAUUAUGAUAAUGCAAAUAAAAAGCGAGCUUGUGUAUUUGGAUAUAAAUCUGAUUCUGAAAAUAACACUUUAGAUAAACUUAAAAAUUUAGUAGAGGUACCAGUUAAAGUAGCAAUUCAUAAAGGAAUUAGAUCUUUAACUACAUCUUUACAAUCAAUAGCUAAACUUUAUAACGAAAGAAUAGAAACAAGUUGGACAGCUAGAAAUUCUUUUAGUAUUGGAGAAUUAGCAUUUUCUCAUUAUCCAUAUUAUUUACAUACAAUGAAUUCAAAGAAAAUUUAUAGGAGACUUUUUGAUAAUAAAAAUGAAGUAACUUCUUUUAUGGAAUUAUCAUCUAAAACUAUUAAUGAAAUGAAUCCUGAUUCAGGUAUAUUUGCAUGUUCAGUACAACAUGAAAAAAAUGAUUUUGAUUUACCAUCAAAUUUUUCUUAUGGGGAUCCAUUUUUAUCAAGUGAAUUUGAAGAUAUUUUAUUGAACCAAGGAAAUUGUGGAUCGUGUUAUGCAAUUUCAUCAGCUUAUAUAUUACAAAAACGUUUUGAAAUUGCACUAAGAAAUAGACUUGAAAAAGAUGAGAAAUUUCCCAAGAUAGAACUUUCAGCCCAAUCAAUCCUUUCAUGUUCACCAUUUAAUCAAGGAUGUGAUGGAGGUUAUCCAUUUUUAGUAGGUAAACAAGCAUUAGAAAUUGGUAUUUCAUCUAAUGAUUGUAUGGAAUAUGAAGCUACAGACAAUAAAGAGUGUCAUUUUUCACCUUAUAUUGGUGAUUAUAUUAUAGAAAAGGAUGGAUGUACUGAAUCAGAACGUUGGUUUGCAAAAGAUUAUGGAUAUAUUGGAGGAUGUUAUGGUUGUAGUAGUGAAGAAAGUAUGAAGAGAGAGAUAUAUCACCAUGGCCCAAUAGUAGUAGCAAUGCAUAUAGAUCCUUCAUUACUAGUAUAUGAAGAUGUAGGAUGGGGUGAACAAGAAACUCCUGAAAGUACUGAUAAGAUACCAUAUUGGAUUAUUAGAAAUUCAUGGGGGAAAAAGUGGGGUAAUAAAGGCUAUGCAAAAAUAAGAAGAGGUAAAAAUAUUGGUGGUAUAGAAAAUCAAGCAAUAUUUAUUGAUCCUGAUCUAUCCCGUGGAAAAGCUGCAGCCAUAUUAAAUAGUAGUUCUGUCAGUACAAAAGAGGAGAUAUCACCUAAUAUUGAAAGUACAGAUCUCAAUACAAAUAAUAUAGAAGAUAUAGGAAGAGUCGAAAUAGAAAAUGAUGGAUUAAUGAACUUAAACUAA